AUGGGUAAAAGAAAAGCUGUUGAUUCUAAUAAUCCUCCCAAAAAAAAGUUCAAGAAUGUGUCUAAAUUGUUGGACCCUAACACUUCUGGUAUUUACGUAAGUUGUGCUCGUAGGAAGGAAGCAAAUUGUCGCCAGGAAUUGCUUAAUCUAUUGUCUGAGAAAAUUCCUGAAUAUUUCGAUUUGGAAAAUGUGGAAGAUGACAAGGAGGAAACCCAAAAUAACAAAAAGGAACUAUCAAUUGAAGAGAAAAUCAAACAGGAAUUACAAGAACUUGAGGAGUCCAAAAACUCGAAAACAGAACUACUUCAACCUAUUGAUGUAGAUUUGGAGUGUUUGGUGUUUAUAAAAACGAAAAAGCCUAUUGAUCCAGAGGUGUUGGUGGAAAAACUAUGUAAAGAAUGUUAUGAGUCAGGACAGAAAACGACUAGGUACACACAAAAACUAGUCCCUAUAAUGGAUUCAUGCAGUUCAACGGGUGAUGAUCCGUUAGAGAAGGUGCGGCAGUUGGCUCGAAAGGUGUUGGCAAGACAUUUCCAUCAAGAGAAAGAUCAGAAACCAAUUAAGUUUGCUGUUCAAGUUUCGAGACGUAAUUUCAAUGUUUUAAAGUCUGAUGUUAUAAUUAAAACAAUAGCUGAAUGUGUGGGUACUAGUCAUGGACACUCAGUGGAUCUCAAAAAUUACGACAAGUUGAUUAUUGUCGAAUGCUAUAAAAAUAAUAUUGGUAUGGGAGUAGCUAACAAUUUCUUGAAAUAUAGCAAGUACAACUUGCAACAAAUAUUUGACAAACAUCAUGAAGAUAAAAAUUAG